AUGAAACACUGGAAAUCUAUUAGCGUGACCCAGUCGGAUAGUCCGGUCCUUUUUUCCGGGGAAAAAAUCCUUUUUAUACAGCCAUCAACAGAGAUUUAUGAUUCAGAAUCGAAGGGUUAUAUUCUUAAGAAUGGGAUGAUAUAUCUUACGACGCACCGUAUUUGUUAUUUAUAUCCGUCUACAUGUGAUAUUCAAUCAUUAGGAUUGAAUCUGUCGCAGAUUGAAGAUCUGAAGACAUCAACAUAUUUUUUUUUCAAAUCAAAUCCAAAAAUAAUUAUAUAUUAUAAGAAAUCAAAGGAGAGAGAUGAACAGAAGAGAUAUGGUAAAUAUGUAGAGAAAAAUGAAUCGUUUGUAUCAAUUGGAGAUACGUGGAUAUGUGAGGUGUGUAGUUUUUCGAAUCCAGUUCCAGAAAGUUAUUCAAUUGAUCAAAAUUUACCACCAUGUUUGGCAUGUGGUGUUUCUAUUAUUAAGAAACGUUUGCUAUAUGAUUCUAAAAAUACAGAGGUAACUGUUUCUGAUUUUCAACAAAGUGAAUCGUCUUUAUCAUGCAAAAGAUGUACAUUUUUUAAUCAUCCAGCUCUUAAACAGUGUGAAAGUUGUGGUUCAUCACUUGUUUAUCAAGAAAAAAAAGAAAUCUAUCCAGAAUCUUUAGUUGAAAGAACAAAUCAAAUAUCAUUAGAAGAUUCUACAAAUGAUUAUUGCAAAAUAAAGUUUAAAUCAGGUGGAGAACGACUUUUUUAUGAACGACUGAAAGAGGCUAUUAAUCAAAAAGAAUGGAUGAUUAAACACAAUCCAGUAGAAGAACAAAUUGUGGAAGAGAGGAAAGCAGGAGGAAUCAGUGUUUUACACUAUACAGAUGAAAUCAUUAAAUUAAACAAUGCUCGUAUUUUAAAUCAAGGCCUCUCAAGUUUGAACGCAUUAAUGUCAAAAGCUAAAGAAUUGGUUGCAUUAGCAAAUUCACUUCGAUUGCAACUUCAAACAUCUCCUAACGUUUCUCAUAAUAUACUUGAUACAUUACAAAUAUCAUUCCAAACAAUGGGUUUAGAAUCAUCAAUGACAACACAAAAUCUUUCAAAUUACCUUGUUACAAAAGAAAUUACAAAAGAUGAUAAACUAUAUUACAUAGAAUUAGCAAAACAAGUCGCAGAAUUCCUAGAAAGUGGUGUUUUAAAGAAAGAAGGUGGUAUUAUGACUUUAGUCGAUGUAUUUGCCUUAUAUAAUCGAGCAAGAGGCAGAAAAGACUUAAUUAGUCCAGAAGACUUAUUUAAAGCUUGUCAAUACUAUGAAACUUUAAAUGUAUCAAUUCAACUCAAGCGCUUCAAAAGCGGUCUCUUAGUAUUACAGGAAAAAGAUAAAAGUGAAGAAAAAAGAAUCCAUCAACUUGUUCUUUGGAUUCAAACUUCUUCAAGAGGAGUUAGUAUUUUCGAAGUAGCUGAUCAAUUUCAUUGGAGCAUGGGUAUUGCAUACGAAACAUUAAAGAUUGCUGAAGAAAAGACAAUGUUAUGUCGUGAUAAAUGUUUUGAAGGUCUUUAUUUCUGGCAAAACCUUAUUAUUCAUAAUAAUAUCGCAAAAAAUCAAACAUAA